UUUAACUCUGGAGCAAAACAAUUUACUAAUCUAUUAAACACAACGAUGAACAUUAAAUUCUGCACUUCCAAACGAUAAUUUUAGAUAAUUUAACGAAAAUGAUUACUCUUUUGAAAUUGGUUGUCAUUUUUUCUUCAUUAGCUGUGAGUCAAACUGUACGAAUGCCAAUGAAAAUAAUUUCUACUUCAGUCAACCAAAUUGACGUAGACGAAGGCGCUUUACCGCUGUACGAAACUCACUCAAUCCCGAACAACGACUUAGCCAAAACCGUCAGACCCGCCAAUUUCUCAGGACCACCACACCUCAAGCAACUAAUUGGACACUGUUUUACCACUCUCGACCAGAAGUACCAGUACAAGUUUUGCCCUUUCCAAAAUUUAACUCAGCAAGAAGUUCUGUCCAGUUCUUGGAGCCGAUAUAAGGGAGUUCUUGGUGUGUGGGGCGAAUGGCAGAUUGAAUCUAAUCAUUUUGUCAGUAUGAAGUACCUGCAAGGAGACAAGUGCGACGAGCACAAGAAUCGAUCAGUUACGAUCAAGUUUAAAUGCAGUGAAGAUUGCUUUGGCGAGAUUUCGGAAAUAAAAGAGCCACACAGGUGUCAGUACGAGGCAACCUUUUCGACCCAACUAGUAUGCCACCCCCAUUCCCUCUUAGUGUAUCCCUGGUUGUCGGAGUCUGCUCAAAGAGAAUGGGACGAGCUUUACACCAAUUAUAAAAAUGAAGACAUUUCAAAGAAGGAUUUUGAAACCAAUUUGAAUCACUUGCUUACAAAAUCGGGUCUUCUGCUGAAAUCGAGUGCAAAACUACGUGAGGCGCCGACCCAGACCAAACCCAUGAGUUACCUAAAUACAUGUGAUAUUCAACUUAUUCAGCUCAGGUCAGAGGUUCAGAGAUUAAAGGAGGAGAACACAAAGCUAGUGGCUGAAAUGAAAAAGUUGAUGCAGUCGGAAUAGUUGUAAGAAGAGAUUAUUUAUGGAAAAUGCUAUUGUUAACGUCUUUAAUUAAUAAUUCACAGAGUUAUUUUACAACGCGCAAAUUCUCCUUCGCACUAUAUAAUGACAUAACUGGCACAAUAUUUUGUGAUGCAGAGAACGAUCAAAUAAAAUUUGUUUAUAAAAUACUCUCUAUAACAAAUCACUUAAUUCAACUUAAUUUACAGUAAAUUUUCUUUCUGUCUGAUAGCCUGAAAUUAGAAUUUGGCACAAAACUUGAAGCAACAACUGCUCUUUUUCAUACGGAAAAACUAACUUUGAUUUUGUGCACUUGCUAAUUUGCAUAACAAAAGUCAGUCGUCUCUUAGCUUAUGCAACCACAACCAACACGUUUCAUUUUGCAAUUGCACAUGGCUUGUUGUUAUAGGUUUUAAACAUAAAAUGGCCAGCUUAAUAUAAAGUUACAGUUAUUUUGUGUACAUGAUACAAUAAGUUCACUGGGCUUUAUACAGCUUUGCAUUAUUAACAAAAUAUAUGCCUAUGUAUACGAAUGUGAAGUUGAUAAUAAUCCUUGAUUGACUAUAAUCAUGUUGAUAAAUUAUGGCCCAACUCUAUUAAAGGCUUCCCCAUUCACAAUUCGAGAAUUAAUGAGUAUACACUGUUAGUCCUUGGCUAAAUUUUGAUUGCCUGAUUCUUGAUUGAAAAUUUUAAGUAGGGCAUGUUCGGAAUAAGAGAGCUAUAAUUAUUCCCUUAUUGAGCAGAUUUGAGUCAAAUCUCCUCCACUUUGAUCAAGUACUAUAAUUAAAAUAUCACCCGCGGGUAAAGGAAAUUUCUGUACAAUUGUUCCAAUCUCAUAAAAAAAGUAAACAGGGUUCCUCUCAGAGACACCCCAAAUAAGACUCAAUCACAAUCGGGGUGUGAUUGCCCACUCACACAAUCUUAAAAUGCAAGACCAAAACAAGGAAUAAAAUUAACAUUGAUUUUUCAACAUUCAAGGCGACUUGUUUUGGAUUUAUAUGUUACCUUUUUGCUCUCUUUGCAAUUUGAUUUUUGUUCUCAGAAAUGAAAACUCAAAUUAAAAACGAUACAUUUUCAGUACCGAACAUGCAUCCAAUUGCCGUGUUCAUCUCUGCGGUAGUAGUGGGGCCGGUUGUCCGGGAAUAUCGUCACGGCCGGGAAUGGAUUUUCCAUAAUGUGCCUCAGAGUGGCUCUUACUUGCAUCACAUAGUGUUGCGGCUCUACGUCUGGCGAGGUGGACAAAUGUUGCAGAAUGAAGUCGUCGCUUUGCUGCAGCCAGAGUUCGGCACCUCGGAGGGGCUCGUAGUUGAACGGACCUAUCCGCAGCAUGCCCAGGUUGCUGUCGUAAAUGUCCAGAACCUGUAUGGGCUACAAGAAUUAGGAGAUUUUUGGCUUUAACAAAAUAAAAACGGGCAGCACCUGUCGGCCUCCAGUGAACUGUCGGGCACUUCGCAACGACUGCUCCGGGCCUUUGUCGGCAAA